AACUACUGCACCAACAACUACUACCGAAGCACCAACAACUACAACUACUCACCAACAACUACAACUACUGUACCCACCACUACAACUACUGCACCAACAACUACAACUACUGCACCCACCACUACAACUACUGCACCAAACACUACAACUGAAGCACCAACAACUACAACUACUGCACCCACCACUACAACUGAAGCACCAACAACUACAACUACUGCACCAACCACUACAACUACUGCACCAACAACUACAACUACUGCACCAACCACUACAACUACUGCACCAACCACUACAACUGAAGCACCAACAACUACAACUACUGCACCAACCACUACAACUACUGCACCAACAACUACAACUACUGCACCAACCACUACAACUACUGCACCAACCACUACAACUGAAGCACCAACAACUACAACUACUGCACCAACCACUACAACUACUGCACCAACAACUACAACUACUGCACCAACCACUACAACUACUGCACCAACCACUACAACUGAAGCACCAACAACUACAACUACUGCACCAACCACUACAACUACUGCACCAACAACUACAACUACUGCACCAACCACUACAACUACUGCACCAACCACUACAACUGAAGCACCAACAACUACAACUACUGCACCAACCACUACAACUACUGCACCAACAACUACAACUACUGCACCAACCACUACAACUACUGCACCAACCACUACAACUGAAGCACCAACAACUACAACUACUGCACCAACCACUACAACUACUGCACCAACAACUACAACUACUGCACCAACCACUACAACUACUGCACCAACCACUACAACUGAAGCACCAACAACUACAACUACUGCACCAACCACUACAACUACUGCACCAACAACUACAACUACUGCACCAACCACUACAACUACUGCACCAACCACUACAACUGAAGCACCAACAACUACAACUACUGCACCAACCACUACAACUACUGCACCAACAACUACAACUACUGCACCAACCACUACAACUACUGCACCAACCACUACAACUGAAGCACCAACAACUACAACUACUGCACCAACCACUACAACUACUGCACCAACAACUACAACUACUGCACCAACCACUACAACUACUGCACCAACCACUACAACUGAAGCACCAACAACUACAACUACUGCACCAACCACUACAACUACUGCACCAACAACUACAACUACUGCACCAACCACUACAACUACUGCACCAACCACUACAACUGAAGCACCAACAACUACAACUACUGCACCAACCACUACAACUACUGCACCAACAACUACAACUACUGCACCCACCACUACAACUACUGCACCAACCACUACAACUGAAGCACCAACAACUACAACUACUGCAGCAACCAAUACAACUGAAGCUCAAACAACUACAACUGACUCACCACAACCAACUAGAACAACUACAACAACGACUCAAUAUUGCGCCAACCAUACAACCUACAACUAA